AUGUCGUACUCCUACCUCUUCAAGUAUAUCAUCAUUGGCGACACAGGCGUCGGAAAGUCUUGUCUGCUCUUGCAAUUCACCGACAAGCGAUUUCAACCGGUCCACGACUUGACGAUUGGUGUCGAAUUCGGAGCCCGCAUGAUGAAUUUGGACGACAAGCUGGUCAAAUUGCAAAUCUGGGAUACCGCUGGACAAGAAUCCUUCCGUAGUAUUACACGCAGCUAUUACCGUGGUGCAGCGGGAGCUUUGUUAGUCUAUGAUAUUACCCGACGGGACACCUUUUCGCAUCUGUCGAGGUGGCUGGAGGAAGCCCGGCAGCAUGCGCAAUCGAAUAUGGUCAUCAUGCUGAUUGGAAACAAGAAUGAUUUGGAACAUCGUCGGGCAGUUAGCACGGAGGAAGGUCAAGCAUUUGCGGAUGCCAAUGGUCUCAUCUUUAUGGAAACAUCUGCCAAGACUGCAUUCAACGUGGAAUCUGCAUUUAUUAACACGGCUGAGAAGAUCCACGGCAAGAUCCUAUCAGGAGAAAUUGAUGUAUCGAAUGAAAGUCACGGGAUUAAGGUUGGCAUGGCAGCAAGUGGAGGUUUGCCUGGAUUACAAGCAAACCAACAACAAAACAAGAAGGGAUGCUGCUGA